UUUUCACCCACAGAGAGCAUAAAAAAAAACCCCCAUAGAAGCGUAAAAGAAAAGCCAGACACAAUUAAGCUCUAAGAUAAGUAAGACAACUAUGCCUUCCAAACCCGAACCACCCCCAAAAACAAUCUACCUCCUCCUCUACAACUCCCUCUCUACCAUCCUCUGGCUCCGCAUCCUCCUAACCGUCCUCACCACCCAAACCCCCAUAUCAACAUACUCAACCGUCGAGCCUUGGACCCGAUACACGCAAACCUUAGCAAUCGCCGAAAUCAUCCACUCCGCUACCGGAAUCACCCGCGCCCCAAUCUUCACAACCUUCACGCAGGUCUUCGGCCGCUGCGUCCAGGUCUGGGCCGUCAACUAUGCCUUCCCAGAGAUCACAACGCCCUCAUGGGCCUACCCGAGUAUGCUCCUCGCCUGGUCCGCCGCAGAUACAAUCCGGUACCUGUAUUUCGUGGUGAUGUUAGCCCGGGGACCGGUUCCCGGGCCGUUGAAAUGGUUGAGAUAUUCGGUCUUUUUCGUGCUGUAUCCGAUUGGGAUUGGAAGUGAGUGGUGGUUGAUGUUUAAUGCUGCAAGGGCUACGUCUAGUUGUGUUGUGGCAGGGAUCUUUGGGUUCUUUUUGGUGCUUUAUGGACCUGGGACGCCGAUGAUGUACAAGUAUAUGGUUAACCAGCGGCGGAAGGUCUUAGGGAAGGUGUGACGAGGUCCAUGGGAUUCAGAGGUUGUUGAAUUGGCCGGGCGGGGGGUGGACAUUGCGUUUUGUUAUGAGGUAUGUCUUCUAUGUUUCUAUUUGUGGCAGUCGUUUGGAUUUUUUAAAGUGUGCAUAGUUAUAUUGUGAUUCUUUAUAAGAGGGACGUGAACUCUUCUUGUCUGGGAGUUCGUUGGCUUAGGGUUGUUUGUAGGUG